AUGCCGCGUCGACACGAUCCGAGCAAGGCCCGCCGCCACUGGUACUACACGCGUCAGCAGCUGUGUGAGCUGUUUGGCGUGUGCGACACCACCAUCACCAACUGGAAGAGGCAGGGUCUGGAGACGAUCGAUGAGCGUCGCCCUGAUGUCUUCCACGGGUUCGAUGUGCGGUGCUUUCUUUCGCAGAUCCGUUGGGGAGCCUGGCGAGAGCCGAAGAACGGCAAGCUCUUCUGCCCCUCGUGCCAGCGUUAUGUGCCCCUGGUGUGCGAUAGCAUUCAAUUGAGACGAAUUGAGCUCGAACGCCACAAAGUGAGCGGGAUUUGCACUCAUUGUGACACGUCGAUGUGGGCCUUUGUUCCAGCGUCCCGGAUCGGGGACGUCUACCGGGCCGCCACAAACAACACCCGAGACUCGUCCGCCAGUAUGAGCGGAACGGUCUCCGGGCAAACUGCGGAUUGUGACCGCGUAAUCCCGCCCGCAACCAACAAGAUCAACAAGCGAUGGCUGGCCCGCUACCAGGACUUUCUUCUGGAGAACCAGGGCUACAGUGAGAAGACGGUGGAUGAGCACCUGCGUUCUCUGGCACAUGCCAGCGUCAUAGCCGAACACACGACAUUCACGCACUACUCAAUCAAGCUGGUCGUCCGCGUUAAGAAAACCCUCAGUGCACACCUGGACGGUGAUGGUGCCGUGCUCAGUCGGUCAACCAUUCAUCGUGUUCUGAACCAUUGCAGGAUGUUCUUCGAAUGGCUGGAGCGGCACGAUGAUGUACGGUGGGAGCCCGACCUGCCCGGCUACUUUCGUCCCAGCAAGCAAGAGCGUCGCCUCGCGGCGCAGGCCGUCAAGGAAACCGAACUGACGUUUGUGCAGGCUGCAAACAUGUUCCGGGUGAUACCCGCAUCCACGGCCAUCGAGAUGCGCAACCGGGCAAUCAUUGCCUUGCCGCUCAUGACCGGUAUCCGGGUCGGUGCUCUUGCCAGCCUGCGCGGCAAACAUGUCGAUGUCCAAUCCUGGUGGAUCAAUCAACUGCCACCAGAAGUGAAGACCAAGGGCGGCAAGCACAUUCGCAGCUACUGUCUCGAUCUCGGAUAUGGCCUGCGCGACGCGCUCAAAGCCUGGGCACGCUGGCGCGAUGAGAACGGGUUUGGCGACCAGGACGCGUUCUUCCUGCCCGAUCGCUUUAUCCAGCGCAAUUCGAUCGGGCUGACCUACCGACCAGCAGAUCCUGCAAACCCCGCGGAGCCAUGGCAAACCACUGAUUCGGUGGUCGCAAUCAUCAGGGCUGCGGCGGAGUGCGCGGGGAUGACUGAUCUAGAAGUCGGUGCCCACGACUUCAGGAAGGUCCUCAAGCCCUAUCUGUCAUCACAGGCCGACAUGAGCGAACGCCACAAACAGGCGCUUCAGCUCAACCUCGGACAUCAACCCCGCGAGACGAUUGACAAGCACUACAGCAAGAUGUCCGAUGCCGAUCGGGUUGAGGCUCUCGACGAACUCUGUCGUAUGGUCCAGGGCCGAACCAACGAAAGCCUCGUUUUGGCCUAUGAAAGGGGAAAGAUCGCGCAAGAGGACCCAGACUACGAACGCGCAAGACAGGCUCACGCCAAGGCCGAAGCAGCGAUCCGCAACAUCGGCCUGUCGCGAUGA